ACGAAUUCAAUAGGCUGAGAUUUACAUUCCCAUCUAUCGCCAUUCGCUCGCUACCCGUUCAUCUCAUAAUUAACCACUAAAAAGCCAACUAUAGUAUACACUUGGUAUACUCAAUCAUUCGCAAGCAUGAGCUCGGGAGAUUCGCCGUCAGAAGACAAGAGCGCAGAUACUAAUCUGACAGUAAUCAAACAGCUUCCUACUGACCUCCUUCUCAUCGUCUUCAUUCAUGGAUUCAAGGGAACUGACACGACAUUCAAGAACUUCCCCUCGAGGCUAGAGCAUGUCCUGACAGAAGUCAUAGAGAACCUCAAAGUGGAAUGUAUAGUGUUCCCCGCAUACGAGACCAAAGGACAAUUGAACGCCGCGGUAGAACACUUUGCUGACUGGCUAACUACUCUGACCGUACAAAGAGAAGUCGCGGGUGGUCAAGGGGGUGGAGCCGGGAAAACUAGAGUUGUACUAUGUGGCCAUAGCAUGGGAGGGUUACUCGCUGCUGACGCUCUACUUGCGUUUGUGAAUUCCAGACCUGAUAAAAACGCUCCACUGUGGCCGAAUAUAAUUGCGUGCAUAGCAUUCGACACUCCCUACCUUGGUCUUCACCCCACUGUAUUCAAGAAUAGUGCAACCAAGGCUGUGGAAUACGCCGGUGCAGCCCGCACUGUUGUUUCAGAUGUGUUCUCAUUGUUUGGCAAGAAAGGAGCAUCAUCAACCGUCUAUGGGCAACCCCCUCUUGCAAUAGCAGCGGCCCCAACUGAGGAAAGUGGUUGGGCAAAGUGGGCACCUGCAGCGUAUGCUGUUGGUGGAGCGCUAGUGGCUGGCGCAGCCGCUGGGACAGCAUACUACCGCCGAGACGACAUUGGUUCUGGAUACAGCUGGGCUACUGAUCACAUGAAUUACGUUCGCAACCUCUGGGAUGAGGAAGCUUUGCGAAAACGUAUGCGAGAUUUGGUUGAUGUACAAGUACAUCUUGGGGUCACAUUCCGCUCAUUUUACACCCUACUUCCACCAGCUCCACCUUCAUUCUCGUCGCCGAGGACGUUCGUCAUCCUUCCUCAGCGAACAUCUCCUAUAGCUGCGCAUUUCCUUCCCGCAAGAAAUCAUCAGGCUGCAGAUGAAGUUCAAGCGCAUACCAAUAUGUUCAAUCCAAGAUUUAACGAUGGCUACUACCAGUUAGGGCUCGAUACGGCAAAAAUCAUUCGGGAAGCUGUCAUGUCAGCUAGAGGGAUUAUUGAGAGUGACGAUACUGAAGCUCAGAAGGAUGUUGAAGCAGCAGCUGCAAUGGAAGAGACGCUGCCUGAUCAAGGGGGGAGCGACGCAAAACCGUAGCCAACAAGAGCGACAGUAAUUCGUUAAGUGUCAAAUAUAUAGCUGUAAACUAUCAGUCUACCCCACAAUUUCCUUCGCAUUAGUGCUCGAACGUGAGCUGCAUCGCAUAUGCGUCUUCUCCGUCGGCAUCUAGAGAACACGCGAUCAAAUGACUAGACGACAAGGCGGUCCAGGGACUUACAGUACUUUUCCUCGAUAUUCUUGACGGUAAACCCAAGUGUGUCGCGAUACAGACUUAGUGCUGCACGAUUCGACUUGCGGACGUGGAGAGACACGAAUGCCGCGCGGUAGAUGCUGCUCAUCGCUUCCU